AAGUAUGUGGGCUUCAUUUCCCUAUUUCUGUUUCCUCACUCCCGCGAACACUUCAACUGCUCUAGCAGUCAGAGUUUUGGUGCUAGCUUUAGCAACAAAGUGCAUUUUCCUCUUUUGGGUGUUUGGGAAACAAAAGAUCGAGAUCAUUAAUGGGGCUCUCGAACUUCUUCCCCAGUGUAGCUGAGGGAGUGCUUCCUGUGCUGGUAAUGAACACAAUUCUCUCGAUGGCUCUUUUAAAGAAAAUGGUGAAAUCUGUGCUCCAAAUGGUGGGUGCAACUAGGAACCCUGAAAAUGUAGAAGAAGUAGACGACCCGGAGAAUAUUGCAAGGGAUCAGAGAUCAAGAGUUUCAACGAGACGGUUGGAGUCUUUGUGCCACAACUGCAACAUUGCAGGUGUUGGUGCUAGUAUUGGUAGCAGAGUUUCAAUGGAGUGUUGUGUUUGUCUGUGUAGGUUUGAAGCAGAUGAGGAGGUGAGUGAGUUAUCCUACAAGCAUUUCUUUCACAAAGAUUGCUUAGAGAAAUGGUUUGAAAACAGGCCGCAUAUUAAUACCUGCCCUCUUUGUCGCUCUUUGGACUAGAUUUCCAUGGUUUUAGUGGGUGGAAGAAGGAAUGCUAGCUAGCUCUUGUCUUUCAUUUUUCUCAGUUACACCUUCUUCUCUCUAUUUCUUUCUUUUUUGCUCUACCUUCAUGUUUAAGUUUAUAUAUUUGAAUGAGAAAUUAAAAAAAAAAAAAAAAAAGAGACAUCUUUGUUACAAUCUUGCAUG